AUGCAAUUUAAGAUAAUUAAAGAAUACCAUUACAAAAAUAUGGAAAAUGAAUAACCAAAAAUUCCAACAGAUGUCACUGCAUUAGAAUAAAGAAAUAAUACUAAAUUUAUUUAAACAAGUUCUGAUCAAGAAUUAUUACGAGAUAUUGGAGUUAUUCCAUAAGUAUAACCGCUCACUAUAUUCAAUCAAAGACCUUAAGCUUAAAUUCAAAAUCGAUAGAAUCUUAAUUAAGUUGCUUAGAGUCUCAAUAAUAAUGAUUCACCUUUAAAUAAAAACAACAAAAAUAAUCAUUAAAAUAGUUCCUAUUAAUAGAUUCAAUUGCCUAAAAAUGCUAAUCCAUAAAGAAUAAAUAAUAUAGCUAGUGAUUCUUCUAAUUCUUAAUCUCAAUAAAAUAAUCAUAUAAUCAGACCUAGACCUUAUUAAGGUGUUUCUUAAUCAAGGCAUACUCGAUUAAGAGUGCCAGCAUUAUUUUGGACAUACUUAGCUUUAUUCUUUAUUAUUUUUGCAAUAGGAAUAUCAAUUUUUUCUACUUAGUCUGAUGAAAUUGCCAUUUUAGUUUUUGAAGUCUUUAUGUAAUUAUUUAUAUAAUUCCUAAGAAUGAUUUUAAAUUUAAUAUCUGGAUGUUAUUAUUACUCCAAAUCAACUGAUGAAUUAUUUAAUGAAGUCAAAUGUUUUAGAAUAUUUUUUUGUAUUCUUCUAGCAGAAUUACUUUUUUCUUUUAUCUAAUUUUUGAUAUGUUUGAUAAAAAAUAUUGGAUUUGCACUUUCAUUAAUUAAUGCUUUAUUCUUGUUCGCUUUCUUACUUGCUUUAUACUUUUUAAAAAAAAAGUUCAAAAAAGGGUAAUAUUAAACAUGGGGCUGA